AUGAAUCGCCUCUUUGGCGCCUCGUCCUCGAAGCCCAAACCGUCUCUCUCGGACGCGAUCGCCUCAACGGACUUGCGCAUCGACUCGAUCGAGGUCAAGAUCCGCAAGCUCGAUGCCGAGUUGACAAAGUACAGAGAUCAGAUGAGGAAGAUGAAAGAAGGGGCGGGCAAGGUAAGCGACGUUUGAGCAUGGCACGCUACCCGCUCUUGAUUCGCUGAUCGUUCCCGUUCUUUCAGUCCGCGGUACAACAAAGAGCGCUUAGGGUGCUCAAGCAAAAGAAACUCUACGAAGCCCAGAUCGGCCAACUUCAACAACAAACCUUCAACAUGGAACAAGCCUCGCUCACAACUGAAAACUUGCGCAACACGAUGGCAACCGUCGACGCGAUGAAGACGGCCAACAAGCAGUUGAGGAAAGAGUACGGCAAAUUGGACGUUGACAAGAUCGAGGUCGGUUUUUCCUCGAUCCGUCGAUCGAAAUCGAACGGGUGUCAGUCGACCCUUACACUGAUGCAUCAUUUUCCCUCCCACAGCAAAUGCAUUUCGAGAUGGAAGACUUGAUCGAACAAGCGAACGAGGUACAAGAGUCCAUGUCACGGACCUACGGCGUACCGGACGAAGUCGACGAAGCUGAUCUCGAAGCAGGUCCGUACGAUACCCUACAACCUUCGUCCUUCCCGCACUCUGACCUCCUCUCCUUCAACGUGGAUAGAACUGGAUGCACUGGGCGACGACUUCGAAGAAGAGGAAGCGAUCCCGUCGUACCUCCAACCGUCGAACGUGACGGCCGAACUCCCCGACUUCAUCGACGAACCACCCGUACUUGAGUCCGUGAGUCUGCACAAAGGCUGAUAAGCACUCCUUUCCAUAGAAAAAUCCCCAAGCUGACGAUUUUGCAUUCUUAUACGCUUCAUACGACGCAGGCACCCAAGGAACGAUUAGGCGAAGGCGUCGUCUGA